UACAGCGCGACAUACAAAGAAACGCUUAUUUUCACUUAAAAAUCAAAACUAAUUACUUCCUGAAAAUCAUAUUAUCUCCAUUUGGGAGCAACAAAAAUGUCAAGGUUUCGAUCAAUCUUGCGAUCUUCCUUGGAUGCAACUAAGAAAGCACUUACAUGGAGUGCUGAUGAUCUGAUGCCUCCAAGUGAGAAAUAUGUCUUCAAAUUUAAUACAAAGGAGGAGCUGAAAAGGUGGCAUCUAUAUUCUGAUUCUGAGUACGGAGGUUUGUCCUCUGCAUCAUUAGAGAUCAAAGAUGCUAGGAAUGGAUUAACUGGUGUCUUCUCGGGCAAUCUCUCUCUGGAUGUAACUGAGGGAUUGAAGAUUAAUCGCAGCGGAUUUUGUGGAAUGCGGUCCAAGAAGUAUUCAUUUUCUUGUACGCAGUUCGAUGGCUACAUCGACUUGGAUGCAUAUGAUACACUGGCAAUGAAGCUUAAAGGAGAUGGAAGAUGCUAUAUAUCUACCAUAUACACUGAGAGUUGGGUAAACCAUCCAGGGCAACCAGAAGACAACUCAUGGCAAGCUUUUGUUUUCGUACCCAAAGAUGAUUGGUAUAUAGCAAAGAUCCCUCUCGAACGAUAUUUACCAACAUGGAGAGGAAACGUUAUCGAUUCAAAAUUGGAAAUGAAUCCAUCUCGUAUUGUGGGCAUGUCUCUAUCUGUCAAUGCUGAAGGUGGUUUUCGGGGUGCUAAAACUGGACCAGGUGAUUUUAAAGUGGAAAUGGAAUGGAUCAAAGCCUUGAGGACUUAAUUUAGUUACUUCUGCUACUAACUUUAGCAUAGCCUCUUUCUUAAACGGAACCCUAAGCCAAGGAUCCCAUGUGAAAUAUGUUACUGUAAAACGUUGCAAAUAAUGCAAGUGCAAAAUGGCCUUCAGUAUAGGUACUCCUUUUUGAGUCUGCUGUUUUAUAUACGUGAAAUGUGUUUGUGACGAUCUGUUUUGGAGAUUUAGUUUGCUUCACUGUGUUGUAAAAGAUCCAAAAUUUUUGGGCGUUUUUCCCAUUAGGUGGAAAUGCGCCUGGC